GAUAGGAGAAUGGUUGAGAAUUAUAUGGGCCUUUUUAUUUUAUUUGGGGGGUUCAAAUAACACAACACUCAUGGGAGGUGCCAAUAGUAUACUUGUAAAAUUUUCUAUUCUAGUCCGAACGUUUGGGCUUUAUUGAAAUUGUACCCCAUUGGCCAGUUGAGGGGUUCGCACUGUGAAUCACAGAAUCCCCGUUAGCACUCUCGUCUCGACGAUUCCCUGUGAUCUCUCAGUCUUCUCUUGCUGUGGUUCAGACUUCAGAGCAGGAUCCAAAAGCCUUGGUCAAGACUCAUUCAUGUCUGUUCCUAAUGAGGAAAACUUGUCAUAUUCCCAGCUUUCUUAUUUUUUCUUGGAUCUCCUUGAUUCCAUCAUAGUCGACGUGGCAUCAGAGUGUCACAGAGUAGCAAGGCUGGGGCUUGAUUCAAAUUUGGAAGAAGAGGAUGAAGAAUUGAAGCUGUCAGCACAAGCCAGGGUUAGGGUGGCUGAUCCUAGUAACAGUAAUGAAGCAAAUGGCAAGUAUGUGGUUGACAUAUUUGGACAAACUCAUCCUCCUGUGGCAAAUGAAAUAUUUGAUUGUUUGAAUUGUGGUCGAUCCAUCAUGGCUGGAAGGUUUGCUCCACAUUUGGAGAAGUGCAUGGGAAAGGGUAGGAAGGCACGUCUGAAAGUGACAAGAAGCAGCACAGCCACGCAGAACCGGUAUUCACGAGGCGGUCCCAGUCCUGGUUCUACACAUUCUCCAUAUUCAAAUUACUCUACCAAUAGCAUGAAUCGGUUGGCAUAUGGAACCUCCACUUUUGCAGGUGAGGAGCACUCAAAUGGGACACUCGAGUCAUGAACUAGUUCAUGUGUAAAUGGCUGGAAUACAGGAUCUGUGUCACACCUUGAACUUGUUUCUUCACAGGGAGACGGCUGAAUUUAAUUGUGUGUGAAUAUUUCAAACAGUUUGGACCAAAACAUAACAACUAUCGUUGCAUGCAUCCUUGAAUUGUUGUCUACCUUUACAAAAUAACUUUGCUUUUUACAGUGAGGUCCAUUUCAAUUUUUAUUAUGUUUUAUACCUAGUUCUGUUGUAAUUUUAUUAUAAUUUUACUAACGGUUAACAUAUGUAUAUUGUGUGCAACUAUGAACUAGUAUUAUUCAUGGAUGAGAAGAUUUUCAGUGUUGAGAUGAAUAAUAUGCAGAGCUUUGGAAGUAA